AUGAAGCUUGCCGUACUAAACACUUUUAUUUCCACCCUUGCUACUACUGGCGCAGCGCGGUCGCUUGGCAAGAGAUCUUCAGGCACUGCAACAGUCAACUUAGCCGAGCCCAUUGGAGAUGCCAAGUACCUCGCGUCCGGUUUCAUCUACGGCUGGCCAGAUAACGGUGUCGACGCGGACAGCUCAAUCCCGGACCAUUUCGCGUCCGACAUCAAAUUCAAUGCUUGUCGUGCGGGAGGAGCUCAGCUACCUGCCCCCAACAAGGGGUGGGCUUUUGGCGGGUACGAAGGAUACAUUGGGCGGUUCAACUCGACCUUGUCCAACUAUUUGACUACUCGGAAGUUUGGAGGCGAUUUCAUCCUCUUGGUGCAUGACCUCUGGGGCGCAGACGGAGGGUCGGGCAAUGAUGCGCUCUUCCCUGGAGACAACGGUGACUGGACUGAGGUGGACACUUUCAUCAAACAGCUUGUCAGCGAUAUCCAAGCCAAUGAUAUGCUUGAAGGUCUUGUCAUAGACAUUUGGAAUGAACCGGAGCUUGAGAUCUUCUGGGCUCGUACGUGGGAGCAGUAUCUCGAGUACUAUGUGCACGCAACCACACUGUUCAGGACCGAGCUUCCAAACACGCUCAUAAGCGGACCAUCCAUGGCUCACUCCCCAAGCCUCGAUAGAGAAACCUGGCGAACAUGGGUCGAAGCAGUGUCCGGCAAAGGAAACAUCAUCCCUGAUAUCUACUCCUGGCACCAGAUUGGGGGCUGGGAAAGAGAACCAGAGAGAACCAUUCCAGAGUUUGAUACAAUCCGGGCCAACUAUAGUCUGCCAGAUCGCCCAUUGGAUAUCAACGAGUAUGCCUGGACAUCCGAGCAGAACCCUGCAAACUCCGUCUUUUUCAUUGCUCAAUGCGAACGACACAACGCACGCUGCCUCCGCGCAAACUGGGGGAGCGGCGGUGGUCUGCAUAACGACAUGGCGAACCUUGUGUUCAGUGUCGACGGUACAUACUAUCCCAACGGCGAAUGGUACCUCUAUAAGUACUAUGCCGAGAUGACGGGCACCCGGGUCGCUACAUCCAUCUCCUCCGAUCUUCUUUUUGAUGUCUUUGCCACCGUUUCCGAUACCACCGCCAAAAUCAUAGCGGGCACUAGGACGGUGCAGAGUACAUAUGACAUUGAGGUCUCGGGCCUAAAUGGAAUAGGUCUUCCUGAGGAAGGAUCCGUCGAUGUUCAGGCUUAUCGAUUCGAUUGGAAUGGGAAUCAAGCUGAUACCGGUAAUCCCGUUGACCUCGGCAUUACUCGGUAUGAGUAUGCUUCGAACACACUUAAAAUAACUGUUGAGCCACCGUCCAACUCUACAGCGUUCGCGUUUGAGAUUAUUGGGUAG